AUGGCCUCAUUAGAGCCAGAGUCAAGGAACCUUCGAGCCUUGCUGAGUUCCGAGAUAACGAAAAUUAUGAAGGAAGCCUCUACAGUGCCUAUCUACAAAGAUAGUGUCCUCCAGUCUCAUCUACUGCAAAAGGCACGAAUGAGGAUCCGGUUGCAACUAAAUGCUUGUGUGUCCCAAUCAGAGCCUGCAGGUCACAGCUCCGCUCUAGUGACGCAAUAUGAAAUAUGUCGUGCUUCCUUGACUAUUUCCCAUGCAAUUACUAAUCCAUACUAUGUCACAUGGGAUGUCAAUCGGUAUGCUGACAUGGUGAAAUCCUCCUACAGCCAGCCAGAUGGGGCCCCAUCAACAGAACAGAAAAAACUUAGCAAAUAUUUUCCAAUGGCAGUACUAGGGAAAUUUUCUGAACCAGCUACAAUUGUCGAUAAUCAUGGCAAGAUUUUGGUUUGGUACCUCCCCAAUAUCUUAUCUUGUAGUCAUGUGGAUUUGAUGAACACUGCUACCACGGAACUUCAUGAUUAUCUGCUGAAAUCCAUUCCAGUCACGGAAUCAGCCAUUGACAAGAAACACUCCUGGCGUUCAGACAACUUUCUGGUGCCCGAGGGCGGAGGAAAAUUUGGAGCAGGACGGGUCACUAUGUCCCCUGCUUAUUUUAUGCAAAGACGCGAGAGGCUUCAAGAUCCUUUAGUGCCAUCAGCUUCCUAUUCCGCUAAAUCGGUUCAACAUUGGCUAAAGGCUAUCUCGGGCACUGAAUUUUUCUUCAAUGCCAUAACAGCUAUCAUUGCUCCUGAGCUAUUUGAGGCAGGCUCAGCCGCGGUCUCAAAGGUAGUAAAUGUCACUAGGCAGCCUAAAAAACCAGUGCCAGUGUCUGAAUGGCCUUCGAUUUUUACUGGAAUGGAGCUUAUUGCUAAUUGGAUUACAUUGAGUCAUCGUGAUGCUGGUGGGGCCCGAUCCCAUUAUGACCUUCUAGCCAGUUUGGGCAUUGGGCAUGAUGCAACUUUUUCCAUUAAAGAUCUCAAUGCGGAACUUGAUUACUUCCCUGGAACAUUGGCAUUCAUUGCGGGCAAGGUUUUGGAGCACUCAGUGGGUCCCUGGAAAAUUGGAGAAAGAUUUGUUGUUGCACAUUUUAUGAAGGACAAGGUUCAUGAUCGUGUAGGGGUGUCCAAGCCAGCAUUUCCAGUUCAGAUGGACUUGUUACAAUUAUUGGGAAGUAGUGUUACAGAUCAUAGACCUAGGAAGCGUAGUGGAGCAAAUUGGGACUCUUGA